AUGAUCUUUCAAAAGGAGAUUCUCAGAGUUUUUGCGAUGAACUCCGACGGCUACAUACCCAAAAAAUUCUGGAAAUAUGCCAUUGUAAGAUGGCCGCCCUCACAUUCAAAUUACGGUGGAUACCUGCCAACUUCGCCCCCGACCAUUCCCCCGCAGGACGCAACAGACCAUGUCAGUGGAAACACGUACGUCCCUGACCCAUCGACCAGCUCGCACCCAGCACCAAGACUAAUACGAGUCAACAGCUUCUUCAUCCGCUCCAGAGCGGACCCGCGCGACUUCUGGCACAUCCCUUCCAGAGGCCCACACGCAGCCACGCUCCUCGUCUCGCGCACAGACCGCACUCGUUUCCGCAUCACAACCAAAGACGCGCCGGCGCCGCUCAAUGGCGGCCCCACUAUCAUGAUCGGCUCCGACGUCAUCGAGAUUGCGGCAGCGAAGACAGGAGGUGUGGUCGGGAUCGACUCCCGUGGAUACCUCGCACUCGGGGCACCUGCUAGCGCCAGAGUAGGGGCGAUGACCCAGCUAGUGGUGGAGGAGCGCGCAGAAGCGAGCGAACAGCUCGUGGUAGAGGAGCGCGGCGACGACAUGGGGGAACCUGCUGUCGGGACGAUGCCGGAAGGUAACCAAGAGACUAGCAUUCAAAUCCUCUUCAAGGAUCUCAAGGCAAGGCUUUCCGUUUCAUCCGAGGAUGGCGAUAGGUCUGUCGCGAGACGGCUGGAAGUUGGCGACGGAGAGGAAUGGGAGUUGGUAUGAGUAGAUUAAACUGUACUGACGUCCAGCCCUUGUCUGUAUAUCUUCCAUUCAGUAUAUUACCGUC